AUGGUGAAAAGGCGGAAGACUGACACAGGGAAGGAGAGUGUCAAGAAUGGCGGUGGUGUUGUGAAGGACGCUGCAGAUCAAAUCAAUAGUACCACUCCAGAAGCUGGGGCAAGACCAUCUUCUACAAUCAUUGGAAUAUCAAGAUCUAUUGCUGCUUGUCAAAGGUGUCGACAAAAGAAAACUAAAUGUGAUCAAAAAUUCCCCAGUUGUGCUAAAUGUGAAAAAGCUGGUGUUGAAUGUGUUGGUUUAGAUCCUGCUACUGGAAGACAAGUUCCAAGAUCUUAUGUGAUUUAUCUUGAAGAUAAAGUUGCCAAAUUAGAGGAAAUGUUGAUACAAAAUGGUAUAAACCCUGAACUGAAGCUUAGUAAUGGUAGCGCUGGUGGCAUUGGUGCUACCCCAUCUUCCCAAGUACAAACACCUACACCUUCAUAUCAAAUACCUUCCACAAUAGAUGACUCAAAAGAUCAAGAUUCUUCCAUAAAAUCAAGUUUAACAUUAGCUGUUCCAUCAUCAACAAAUGGUAAUAGCGGCUCCUUUUAUAUUGGUGACUCUUCAGGGAUCUCAUUUGCUAAAUUAUUAUUUACUGCUGUUAAUUUCCAACCAAGUUCAUCAAUGAGUGAAACUGGUUCUAUUACAACUAAGACACCAUUUAAAGAAUUUCCCGCUAAAAAUGCAAUUACUGGACUACCAAUUAAACCAACAGCAGAAUUUUUCAUAAAAACUUUUUUCGAACAAUCAAAUACUCAAUUACCUAUAAUCCAUCGUGAAUAUUUUAUAAAUAAUUAUUAUAAACCAAUUUAUGGAAAUUUAUCACCAAAUGUUACAUUGGCUUCAAAUUAUACUCAAAUGAAUUUAGAUACUUCACCUAUAGAUGAAAAAGAUACAUGGUUUUAUAUUCAAUCUUCGACAAAUACACCAGAUGAAAUACCCAAAGUUUUCCAAAAACCAUUGUUUUUCUUAAAUUUAAUAUUUGCAAUUGCUUCAUCUGUUAAUCUUUUACAAUAUAAAGCUGAAAUAUCAAAUUCUUAUAGAGUUGAAGCAAUGAAAUUUGUUGAGCCAAUAUAUUCAUCUGCUGAUAGAUUGGAAUGCUUACAAGGAUUAUUAUUAUUAACACAAUAUUCCAUAAUGAGACCUUCUACUCCUGGUGUAUGGUAUGUAUUGGGGACAACAUUAAGACUUGUUGUUGAUUUAGGAUUACAUACUGAAAGAAUGAAUAAUCAAUUUACACCAUUUAUUAAAGAUAUGAGAAGAAGAUUAUUUUGGUGUGCUUAUUCAUUAGAUAGACAAAUUUGUUUUUAUUUGGGUCGUCCUUUUGGUAUACCUGAGGAAAGCAUAUCUACAAAAUUCCCAAUUGAAUUAGAUGAUUGUCUUAUUAAUCUUGAAGAUAUUAAUGAUUAUGCCAAAGCAUCAAAUUCUUUACCAACUUAUAAAUUAAUUUCAUUAAAUUUUUUCAAAAUUAGAAGAAUUCAAUCAGAAAUUUUACAUGUUUUAUAUUUCCCCAAUUCAGUUUUACCAAGAUUUUAUUCAAAUUUAAAUGAAUGGAAAUUAAAUAUUGAUCAAAGAUUAGAAGUUUGGUUCAAAACAAUUCCAUUGAAAACUUCAAGAAAGGCAAAUUGUGACUUUAAUUUUGAAUUUUUUAGAAUGAAUUAUAAUCAUACAAAAUUAUUAUUAUUUGGUAUAACUCCAAAAAAUGAUAAAUUAGAUCAAAAUUCAAUUCAUAUAAUAUUUGAAGCAUCUAAAAAUAUGAUUUUAUGUUAUUGGGAUUUUUAUAAAACAAAAUCAAUUAAUUAUACAUGGGCAACUGUUCAUAAUUUAUUCUUUGCAAGUACAUCAUUUUUUUAUUCAAUAUUUAAUUCAAAUAAUUCAUUAAUUCAAUUAAUUCAAUUUGAAAAAGUUGUUUCUCAAGUUAAAGAGAUUUUAAACUCAUUAGUGGAAAAUUGUGAUGCUGCAAAACCUUGUUCUGAAACUAUUGAUAUAUUAUAUUUAGCAAUUAAAAAAUUAAAAUUUCAAAAUGUUAAUAAUGAAAUUACUUCACAACAAUUUUAUGAUAUUGAUAGAUUUUUCACUCAAUUAAAUAAUCCACAAGAAAGUUCAAUUUUUAAAGAUUUCCAAUAUUCUUCAGUUUUCGAUGAUUCACAAGAAAAUAGUAUUAAUCAUACUAAUCAACCAAUACAAAAUAAUGGGAAUGAUAUUAAUGAUGAACAAUUUCAAUUCUCACAAGUUGCAAAUUCACAAUUUCAACAACCACAAAUGACUUAUCAAAGUUUAUCAACCCCUCCUUUGACAUCAGCAUUGGAUGAAUCAUUUGUUCAAGCUGAUAGAGAACAACAAAAGAUUUUUGAAGUUAUGUCAAAAGUUUCAAUGGAUACAAUUUGGGAUCAAUUUUUAGGUAAUGGAGGUUUUCAAUAG